AUGUCAUUCUGUGUGUGUGGUUUACACUACGGAGCCGGCCAGCACCUGGAGAAGAACCUCUCCACUUUUGUCCAGGAGGAGGUGAAGAAGUUCCUCAGGCUUCUGAGCACAGAUUACCCAGAAUGCUUAGAGCCUGUGGAGGAUGAGGAGCAGAGGAGCUGCAGUGAGGCACUCCUGAAGAUCACACUGAACUUCCUGAGGAGGAUGGAUCAGAAGGAGCUGGCUGAGCGUCUGUGGAGCAGGGUUUCUUCUGGACGUUCUCAGCGUAAACUGAAGGUGGAUCUGCAGCAGAGGUUUGAGUGUGUGUUUGAGGGCAUCGCUAAAGCAGGAUCCCCCACCCUCCUGAAGCAGAUCUACACCGAGCUCUACAUCACAGAGGGAGGCUCUUCAGAGGUCAACCAGGAACAUGAGUGGUCAGCACUGGCCUUCAUCUUACUGUCAUCAGAAGAAGAUCUGGACCAGUUUGAGCUGAGCAGAUACUGUGCUUCAGAGGAGGCUCUCCUGAGGCUGCUGCCAGUGGUCAAGGCCUCCACCAAAGCUCUACUGAGCUGCUGUGAGCUGUCAGACAGAAGCUGUGGAGCUCUGGCCUCAGUCCUCAGCUCCCAGUCCUCUAGUCUGAGAGUCCUGGACCUGAGUCACAACGACUUGAAGGACUCAGGGCUGAAGCUGUUGUCUGAUGGACUGAAGAGUCCUCACUGUAAACUGGAGACGCUCAGUCUGUCAGGUUGUUUGGUGUCAGAGGAAGGCUGUGCUUCUCUGGCCUCAGCUCUGAGGUCCAACCCCUCCCAUCUGAAAGAACUGGACCUGAGCUACAACCAUCCAGGAGACACAGGAGUAAAGCUGCUGUCUGCUCUGCUGGAGGACCCCCACUGCACCCUGCACACUCUCAGACUGGAGCAUUCUGGAGCUCAGUGGUUAACUCCAGGACCCAGAAAGUGCUGCAAGAAAUCACAGAGCAGCACACUGAAGCGCACGCUUACAAACCACUGCUUAGUCAAGAGUCCCUAA